GAUCUUCUUCCUGUUAUCGUUUUAUUUCCGGAAAGCAUUGCAUUGCACACCCUUUCACUCUUCACAUCACAGACGAAACAAGAACUACAAUGGCGACCCUGUUCACUCUUAACCUCGUAACCCCAAGAGCCAUCGCCAGCCUACCAGACUCUACCAAGGGUAGCCCCAUCAGGGUCCCAUACCUUAACCAGCCAUGGAAAAGGAUAUUGUCCCCGUUGGAAUCCAGGCGGAUGCAGGUGAGAGCUGCACCUGAUCGCUUAUCGGAGAAGGUGGAGCAGAGCAUCAAGGAAGCACAAGAGGCGUGCUCGGAUGACCCGGCCAGCGGAGAGUGCGUGGCUGCUUGGGACGAGGUGGAAGAACUGAGUGCAGCAGCCAGCCACGCCAGGGAUAGGCUGAAAGAUAACGAUCCUCUCGAGAAUUACUGCCAAGACAACCCCGAGACAGAUGAAUGCAAAACUUAUGAUAAUUGAAACUAUGGGUUUUUUUUUUUUUGUUUUUAAAGUUUAUGAAGAUCCUUCUGUUUUAGAUGAUGAAUAUGGGUGUAAGACUACUCUUAUGUGAAACUGAAUGUAUUCUUUUUAUUGGAUUGCAUGAA